CCUGGCUUUUAGCAUCAAUUUGAUUUUCAUUACUAAAAAUGGCUAUCUUUCCCUGAAGCAAUUGCUUGUGCAAGAGAAAUCAUUGGGGCACUCGUGUGGGCUAUUUCUUACAAAAAGGCCUGGUUCUAGAGAAUGGCUCAGCACAUAAUUAAUAUAACGAUGUUUCAAGGCUUGCAAGUUCUUGAAAAUCAAAUAUUUAUAUGCUUUGUCAUUUUAAUUUGCCAGAGUAUUUCUUUAAUGGAUAAAGUCAAUACUUCAACACAAUUGAAGGCAUUUGUUUUCUGCCAUAUAUAUUUAUUCAUGCCAGUGGGACAAAAUACCCUGAACUAGGUUUAUUUUAUUUUUGUCCAAAUAUUUGAUUUCAUUGUUGUUAGAUUCUCUGUAGUCGUAGUAAAAUUGGCAUUCAGAAACAAUAUAUUUAUUCUACUUCUACUUUAUGAUUUAUUGGUACCAAAAAUUUUCAUUUGUAUUUAAAAAUUGCAAGGGACUAGUUAAAAUACAUAACUUGGGAAGGAGGUAAUGCUUGUCAUGAGCAUUUAUUGGAAUGUAUAAUUAAUGAAAUUGCAGAGAUGAAGGAAAGGUUUCUUGCACUUAAUAAUUUGUCGUUUAUGUCUUUAAAAGAACAGUGCAAAGUAAAUUUUUCAAUAUCCUAAGCAUCUGAUUGGAAAUUUGUUUUCAAUAAAAGUCAUUGUAUGAACAAUAUUAUUGUUUUCUCUAGUUUUUUCUUCACCUUCUCUGGAUUUUCAUAAAAAGAUCAAGCUUGGUUUUGACUAUAUUGACUUUGUCUCGUAAUGGAGUUGCACUUUCUGAAGGUGCUUGUGGUAUUCUCAUUUUUCGCCGAACAGAUGGUUGCAUUAAGGUUAAGUUCUGGAUAAGACCAUAGCUGCUAGAUGUUGCCCAAUAUAGAGACAUUGCUGCUGGAACCUGUGCUGAGAAGAAUACCAUGGCAAUUGUUAAAGAUCGGAACACCCUUGUAACAAUUAUUUGACGUCUUGAUGGCAUAGUCUUUUUCAGAGUAUUCAGUUCAAUAUUAAAUACCGCUUUUCUCCGCGCGAUGUAAAAAGUUGUGAAUUGGAGAAGACCCUACUACAUUUUGUUGUAGAAAAAAGGGCACAAGAAAGUUUAGAUGUUGGUACGGCUUGGAGUGCUUGUAGCCUUCCGUAACAUGGCAGGUAUUUAUAAACAAACCAUCCUACUUUUCUGUGGUACAGCAUCGCGAAUUAUCCAAUUCUAGAGUUUAAUGCACAAAAACAAGUUCGGCCAUCUUGUCACAGUCCCUCGCCUCGCUUCCAAGCAAGCCAAAACGAGUCAAAAUCAAAAUCAGAUGACGACUACACUGCUUGUGAAAAUAUCUGCGAUGGGUUAUUGUACUUUGCGAAUAUGAAGGAAAGCAUAGAGUUAAAAAGUCUAUCAGUCCUUUGGCUAGCAUUUGCUUAAAGCAGUUCAUUCGAUUUCGUAGUGGUAUUCAUUUGGAGAGAUAAAAAUUUAGAAACAGGCCGGAAAGGACCGAGUCUGAUCCAAGCAUUGCAAACAAAUUCACAAUGGUUCAAUAUACUGUUGCAAAGUCACCAAGUGAACAGCUGUCACUCACUAAUUGUUUGAUUGUAAAUAAACAGGAUUUUGAUAUGGAUAUUGUGAAGUAUGUACAAAUAGAAUGCAAUUCAAACAAAUUCAUUUUUGGCAUAAAAGGUUCAGAUUCUGUGAGGAGAGGGGAUAUUGGAUUUGGUUUCAUGCAAAGGCAAUGGUCAAGAGCUGAGCUAAAUAGCCAGAUUGAAGUCAAACCACAUGCAUUUAGAUCAAAAUUGUUGAUUGGAUCGAUGACUGUUAGUGCUGAUUUUCUACAGAAAAAUAAGACAACACAAAAGGCAUAUGACACAGAUGCAAUGGCAACUGAGUUUACAGUUUCAUUUCAGAAUUUGCCAUUCACAAUUGGCCAGAAGAUGGUCUUCAGUUUUGAAGAUAAACCAUAUUUGGUUCUGACUGUAAAAGAUCUUGAAGUUGCUGACCCAACUGCUGCACUUGGCACACGAGUUGAGAAGAAAAUUGAGGCAAAAAAGGCUGACUGUGCUGUCUUGAUGGCCAACUCGCACAUAAUCUUCGAUAAAGAAGAGAAUUCAUCUAUAGUGCUGAAAGGAAAAGCUCAAGGGCGUUCGGCGAUGCCUUCUAUCAUAAGCCCUGACUGGGAUUUCAGUAAAAUGGGAAUCGGUGGCCUCGAUGAGGAAUUUUCAGCAAUCUUUAGAAGAGCUUUUGCAUCGAGAGUUUUUCCACCUGAUGUAGUUGACAGUUUAGGCAUAAAGCAUGUUAAAGGUAUUCUUCUGUAUGGUCCUCCAGGUACCGGAAAAACAUUAAUGGCAAGGCGAAUAGGAGAAAUGCUUAAUACCCGAAAGCCGGAGAUAGUUAAUGGUCCAGAAAUAUUAAAUAAAUAUGUUGGUGAAUCAGAAGCUAAUAUCAGGAAAUUGUUUACCCCGGCCAUCGAAGAACAGCGAAAGUCUGGACUUAAUAGCGGCCUUCAUAUGAUUAUAUUCGAUGAAAUUGAUGCAAUCUGCAAGCAAAGAGGAAGCAUGUCAGGUAGCACUGGUGUUCAUGAUACAGUGGUCAAUCAACUUCUAUCGUUGAUUGAUGGUGUCGAGCAACUAAACAACAUCUUGGUCAUUGGAAUGACAAAUAGAAAAGAUUUGAUCGAUGAAGCUCUUUUGCGUCCUGGUCGUCUCGAGGUGCAGAUGGAAAUUGGGUUGCCGGACGAAAAGGGCAGGCUAAAGAUCCUAGAAAUUCACACCAAUGGACUUCGUAAAGCGGAUAAAUUGUCAAAAGAUGUCAGCUUGGAAGUCCUUGCAACAGAAACGAAGAAUUUCAGUGGAGCUGAGAUUGAAGGCCUUGUUCGCGCUGCGGGAUCGUCGGCGAUGAACAGAUUGGUGAAGGCAGUUGGCAGUGUUUCUGUUGACCCAGAUGCUGCACAAAAAUUGCAGAUUGAUAAUGACGACUUCCAGCUUGCCCUCCAAAAUGAUAUCAAACCAGCAUUUGGGGCACACAUAGAGGACUUCGAGAAUUUUAUUGCCAAUGGCAUUAUCAAAUGGGGAUCACCAUUCGAGAAAGCGCUGGAUGACUGCAAGUUGCUAAUUCAACAGACAAGGAAUGGAGCACUCAUUUCGCCAGUUAGCGUUCUUCUUGAAGGUUGUCUUGGUAGCGGCAAAACUGCAUUAGCUGCGAGUCUUGCCGAAACAGCGGGAUUUCCUUUUGUUAAGGUUUGCUCUCCUGAACAUAUGAUUGGCUUUACUGAAGGUGCAAAAUGUCAAGCAAUCAAAAAGAUCUUUGAUGACGCUUACAAAUCGGAGCUAAGCUGCAUUGUUGUUGAUGAUAUCGAAAGGCUGAUUGACUUCGUUCCUGUUGGGCUUCGGUUUUCUAACGUUGUGUUACAAGCUUUAAUGGUUUUGUUGAAAAGGGGAUUACCAAAAGGACGAAAGCUCCUUAUCAUUGGCACCACCAGCUGCAGGGAUGUCUUAAAAGAGAUGCAACUAUUGCAGAUCUUCCAUAACGUCAUCCAUAUACCUGCAAUCACGAGACCUUCUGAGAUAAUGACUGUAGUUCAGGGGCUGAACCAGUUUGAAGAGAACGAAUUAGCCUUCAUUGAGGAAAACAUCAUAAACAUCUCUGUCAACAUCGGCGUCAAAAAGCUGCUAGGCCUAGCUGAAAUGGCUUUACAGGAUGAUGCGUCAGCUAGAGCUCAAAAAUUCGUUACUUUGUUGGAAAACUGGUCAUAUUUUGGGUAAUCACGAUAAAGAGUUGGUAAUAACAGAAAACAACAUUCUAGAUUAUUUAGCUGAUAUUUUUGAAUGAUGAACCGGUCUUUAGAUCGUCAAAUUUCAACGUACAGAAAUUUUUAACAUUUUUCUCUGGCUAUUUUCAUUCAGAUUGACACUGUUCCUUCGACUUGUAAAACUAUUUUUCAUUUAUUAUAUACUUUAAAACUAUAUUAACACUCAUAAAUGUUAUUAAAAUAUAAUUAAAGAUAAUAAGGCAGGUCCCAGUGUUCUGGGUUAAGGUCUUGAAAAAUCAAAACACUUCCCAUGAUGCAAUAAUGGCAGAAAACAAAAUGCAGGCCCAGUGUAACGGACACUGUUCGGAAUAGUGACAUUUUCCGUUAUAUAUAAAAUUUUCCGUUGUAUUGUAGCUCGUAUUUGUUAAUGACAUUAUUUCAUAUUGAGAUAAUUGCUGGCAAGGGUAGAUUGUUGUUAAUAAAUGUAUGGUGCAAAAAACAAACAUGUUAUGCAAGUUUCUUGGCUAACAAAACUAACAUUGUAUUUUUCCUUGUGCGGCAAACGCAGGGUGGACCUGAAACAAAUGCUUAAAAACAAAAUAUAAGACAACCCCUAUUUUCAAAAUGAUUAAAAAUUCCUGCUGUUAUUAAUCGUAAGAGAUUUAUGCUUUUGCAUUGAUCACGUAGCUGGCGAAUCAUUUUUUUAUUUGGGCAUAAUUUGCAAUAAAUUUUGCUAUUUGUUCAG